CAAAGCAUAAACCCAUUUAUUAUCAUAAACGGAAAGCGGGAAGUUGGGGAAGAGGAGGAGAGGAAUAUUCCGUUGGAAGAUCCGAUCCCGGUGUAUUCCUCUCUUGCAAUGCUGAUUAAUAUUUCACCAUUGCUUAAAUACCAUUCCCAAACCCCCUUUCAAGUAUCCUGACAUCUUUAACUUCACAUCACCCACCUCAUUCAAUUCAUUAUCAUCUUCCAAUAAUAAUGGCCACCAAGGCUGUUCAUGUCUCCGACGUACCACAUCUCGAUCACGUGACGGAAAACACCGCAUCAUUCGCCGCAUACGCCACACGGCUUCCUACCGAGGUGGAUGUGAGUAAAUUUGGUGAUGAUUCGCCGAAGUUUGUGGUGAUUGGUCAUAGAGGUCACGGGAUGAAUAUGUUACACUCGGCGGAUCGGAGAAUGAAGGCUUUUAAGGAGAACUCUAUUCUUUCGUUUAACAACGCUGCCAAGCAUUCGGUUGAUUAUAUCGAGUUUGACGUUCAGGUUACAAAAGAUGAUGUAGCAAUUAUUUUUCACGAUAACUUCAUCCUCCAUCAAGAACAUGGAGCCAUAAUUGAAACGAGAGUAACCGAUUUGACACUCGACGAAUUCUUUAGCUAUGGGCCUCAAAGGGAAGCCGAUAAGGAGGGGAAAACAUUGGUUAGAAAAGUAAAUGGCAAAGUUGUUGGGUGGCAUGUUGAAUCGGAUGAUCAUUCGUGUACUUUACAAGAAGCAUUUGAGAAAGUAAACCCUAAACUCGGAUUCAACAUCGAGUUGAAGUUUGAUGAUGAUGUGGUUUAUGAAGAAGAUCAUCUUGUUCAUGUUCUUCAAGUCAUCUUAAAGGUGGUUUAUGAGCAUGCUGAAGAUAGACCUAUAAUAUUUUCAAGUUUUCAACCCGAUGCAGCUUUGAUUAUGAAGAAGCUUCAACAAAAAUAUCCCGUUUACUUUUUGACGAAUGGUGGAAAUGAGUUAUACGAUGAUGUACGAAGAAAUUCAUUGGAGGAAGCUAAAAAGGUGGCCGUCGGGGGUGGGCUGGAUGGAAUAGUUUCAGAAGUAAAGGGUAUUUUCAGAAAUCCAUCAGCCGCUAGAGAGAUCAAAGAGUCAAAUCUCUCGCUUCUCACAUAUGGCAAGUUGAAUAAUUUUCCAGAAACGGUGCAUGUUCAACACCUUAUGGGCAUAGAUGGAGUGAUCGUUGAUUUGGUAGAGGAAAUUACAAGAGCCGUUGAUGAAAUGAAUAUGAGAAAGGGUGUUGGUGAUGUAAAGGGUGAAAGUGGUUGUGGCAUUGAGUUGUCGUUUCUACUAAACUUGAUUUCUCAAGUGAUACAACAUUAACUAAUACUAAUGGUUUAUGUCGUUUAGAUUGGACCCGUUUUGUAAAUAGGGUCACCUCCAUUUGUAAUGCUGUCACAACUAUGUUUAUCAUUAUGAACAUGAUUAAUAACAUUACAAAAUAGGUAUUACCUCUAA